CUCUCAAGUAUUUUGUGGUUUUGAUGGUUUCAGAGAACCUGGUCCUUUCUGUGUUAUGACACGAUGGGUAUCUCUCGAGAUCAUUGGCAUAAAAGGCGAGCUACUGGUGGGAAGAGAAAGCCCCUUCGUAAGAAGAGGAAAUUUGAAUUAGGACGUCCAGCUGCGAAUACCAAACUUGGACCGCAACGUAUUCAUACUGUCCGCACACGAGGUGGUAAUAAGAAGUACAGAGCUCUUAGAUUGGAUACAGGAAAUUUUUCCUGGGGCUCUGAGUGUAGUACCAGGAAAACUCGUAUCAUUGACGUUGUCUAUAAUGCAUCGAACAAUGAGUUGGUGAGAACCAAAACUCUAGUGAAAAAUGCCAUUGUCACCAUUGAUGCUACACCAUUCAGACAAUGGUUUGAGAGCCAUUAUGUCCUUCCAUUGGGUCGCAAAAGAGGUGCAAAGCUUACCGAAGCUGAAGAGGAAGUUUUAAAUAAAAAACGUUCUAAAAAAGCAGAAUCUAAAUACAAAGCUAGGCAGAAAUUUGCCAAAGUUGAACCUGCUUUGGAAGAGCAAUUCGCAACGGGACGUGUGCUUGCUUGUGUAGCGAGCAGACCUGGUCAGUGUGGUCGAGCUGAUGGUUAUAUCUUGGAAGGCAAGGAACUUGAGUUCUACAUGAGAAAAAUUAAAAGCAAAAAAGCUAAAUAAGUAUAAAUAAUUAUGAUUGAUUGAUAAUAAAAACAUCUUGAAAUACAAAA